AUGACACAGCAACACACUCCACCAUUCCCCUCGUUCAUCAUUUUCGCCCUCCUGCUAGCUCGCGCAUCUGCCGACCACAGUAGUUGCUACACAGGGGAUGGAGCUGAAGACACCAGCCCACAGCCCUGUCCCGGAUCGAAUAUGUGCUGUUACCUCAAUCGAACCGAUGGCUAUGCGGACGACGUCUGCAUCCAAGGCGCCUGUUACAGCAAUUACUGGACAGGGCAGUACUUCGUCAUUGGAUGUACAAAUAACAACUGGGAUGAGGAGGGCAGCGGAUGCAGUCCGUUGUGGGACGUUUGCGGUCGUCAGUCAGGAUACACCCACGUCACACGCUGUACUGACGGCAGUUUCUGUUGCGGCGAUUCCAAUGCUGCGUGUUGUAACAGCUAUUCUGGGGUAUAUCUGAACGAGGAUGGGACGGAGAUUCUACAAUCGUCGGAGUCAGGAAUGCUUCCGGACACGACGACGUCAUCAACAGAUGUACCAUACAGCAGUCCAAUCCCAACAUCGUUGCAAACACGAGUUCUCACAUCCACCGGCACAUCAACAACAAACCUGCCCUCGCAAAUAGCAACAGCGACGAAUGUACCGUCAGCAGAUAAGUCAGAAGAGGGACUUCCGACUGAGGCAAAAAUUGGAAUCGGAGUCGGUGUGCCUGCUGUGGUCCUUGCGGCUCUUACGCUGUGGAGGCAAUGCAGACAAAAGGGACCCUGA